CUUGAAAGGAUGCAUAACGCAGAAUGCUCGGCGAGAGAGACCGCAGCGCUUCCAGCAGCAAUUCCACCCCUACAGGCCCUGCCAGUUCCCAGUGUGUCAGCGACAUGGGUCCUCCGGCCUCUGCGCCACUCUUCGGUAGCCCACAGCGAACGUCGCAGCCCCAGCAGCUCUCAACUCUCGACGCUGGAUCUUUUCCACUUUUUGCUUCGAAAUCGGAACUCAGUGACAGUUUAGACACUGCAAACGAAAUGGACGAAAUGUCCACGCGUCAAGCCUCCCUCGUGGGGCCUCAGGAGGAGCCCGAACAAGAGCAGGAGCUCGCUUUAAGCGCGGAACAGAAGUCGACAACAACUGAAGCGAAAAGGCCCGAAGUGCACGUGAUCAAGCGCCGCAACGUGGGUGUCCCGAAGUUCCUGCGCUUCCUCUAUCAGAUCUUGGAGGUAGAAGACCCGAAUAUCAUCACGUGGUCGCACGAGGGCACCGCGUUCCAGAUUAUCCAACCGGAAGAGCUCGCCAGCCAGAUUUUACCCAGAUAUUUCAAACACAACAAGGUGUCGAGUUUCCAGAGACAACUUAACUACUUUGGCUUCAAGAAAUGGACCAAAACACAGACAAACAUCUGCACCUUCAGCCACCCGUUCUUCUUACGAGCGGAUAAGGACAGAAUGAAGCUCAUUAAACGUAAGGAGCGAGCGAACCCUGCUCUUAUGUCCGCUAUGGCCGCGACGAUCAAGUCGAAUCCCAUUGAACUCAUGAACCAACUGCACGCGCAAGAACAAGCACGCUUCGCAGCCCAUGAUCUAGUCCACGCACGCAGUCAGUUACCCACUCAACAAGCCUUGAAACGUCAAAAAUCCAACACUUUAUCGGGUGGAGCAGUGACGCUCCUGAACUCCGCAGCCGCCGGCCGACGCCACUCUACAGGAAUGCUCCCUGGCUCAGAGGCGUUCGGUAUGGCAGCGGCGGCAGCAGCAGCAGCUGCAGCCGCCGCUGAGGCUGUGGGGUCCAUUCCAGGUCGUAAACGUGCUGGAACCCCCGCAGAGCAAGAAUUUGAGCUGGAAAUGGAGGCUCGUAACGAUGCUAUGACCAAUUCCUCGUCAGCGCAACAGCAGUUCAUGUAUCUGCAGAAAAUCGCCGAAGCCAAGCAAUUAUCUCAACGUUAUCCAUACCAACCAGCACGUGGGAAGCGACAGAGUCUCCCUCAUGUGAUGCAGCCUGUUUUCGGCGAUACGUUUGGCAUGGGAGCGACCAUGAACAUGCCCGGAAGUGGCGGCGUUGGUCCUCGAAACACUAUCAAUCUCGGGAGACGUCGAAGUGACCAACUUUUGACGGAUUUUUCGGGUGGAAAAUCCGUUUCGAUCAGUCAGAUUGAAGAUUUUAUUACGUCUUCUGGUAGUUCGUCCCCUCCUCAGCCAGUUUUUGCCUCGAGCAUGAAGAGUGAUGCGUCGGUGGUACUCCCUGUUACGUCGAACUCAUUUAACCAAGACACGUACCAGUUACAGCAACAAAGACAAAUGCCUCGGCAGAUGAAUCGACAUCAAAAUAUCUAUGGAGGAACUGAAUACGGAUCGCCGAGCAUCAAGACUGAAGCCAGCAGUGGAUGGCCGACUUCUAUCAACGUAACUUCAUCCUCUGUAGGCCGCACUCCGUAUCAGCCGAUGAUGUCGCUCAAGUUUGGCGACUCGAAUGCAGCACAGAACAUGUCAACGUUCCAGAGUGGCGUUGCAUCGAUGGAUUUUUCCCAAGCCAAUGAGCGGAAACUGCAGCAACGACCUCCGAUGACUCAAUAUCAACGUCAACAAGAGCGGGUAGUGUAUCACCAGCGACAAGAUCAAGAUCGACAGGAGUCAACGCCACAGCCACGAGAUUACAUCGAUGUGCUGCUGGAAAGUGCAGGGCUGGAUGAGAAUUUACCUCCGCAAACAUCGACGACACUUCCUUCUGAGUCGUGGAAUGAGCCGAACUAUCCAAACUCGCAAAAUGGAUCAAGUAACUCUGGUUCGACGGGUCCGUACUCAUUUAUGCCGCCUCAACAAGGCCAGCAACACUUACAGUUGCCUCCAAUGGGAGGGUUACCUCACAAUCCCAACCAACGUUUUUAAGUGCCAAUUCUCCCGUUUCCAAGGCCCCAAGCGCAAGAAAACAAGUAUUUGAGGCAAGGCCUGGACUGGAUAUGUGGCCUUCAUUUGUGUACGUUCCAAGCUGACGUAGAGUUGCAAGCGUCUUCAUCGCCAAGAACCCCAAGACAAAACCCGUAUGUCAAGACUCGUGGAUCUACAGCGUCGAUAGUGUUAGAAUUUCUCCAUUGUAAGUGUAGUUACCUUUGACAAAAGACGUAGGGGACAGUAAUAAGUGACAAUAUCAACCAACAAGAGGUUUCUGGAAAAAAAAGA